AUGAUUGAAGCAUGAAAUGAAAGGUAUGAAAAAUGGCAUGUGUUUAUUUGAUUCAAACUCAAGUUUAUAUUGAACAGUACUACGCGUGUAUUAAUGCGCUUCAACUCAUAUCGGUCAUUGAGAUUUUUCUAACCUGCAAAUCCUAUUGAAUUAAAUCAAUACGAAGAAUAAAGAGAAAAAAAGAAGCAAGGUAGGGACUCGAUCCCAAUUAGCCCAGAUUGUUAUUCGUCAAUGCGUGCUGCCAGGAUGGGAAAAGUAUCCGAAGUGGUGCUGGAAAAACUGCGUUAUUUGAGUCUUAGUGAAGAGACCAUGAAAAAUAUGAUGGACUGUGGAGUUCUAACAGUGGGGGGAUUCGUGCAGUUUACAGCAGAAGUGGACAUGUUAUAUGCAGAGUGUUUAGUAUGUCUGAACAAGCUAGUGCGCAAGUAUGAACAACUACAAAUCAACACAGUUUACGACGCCACAAAGAAAAAAUUCUACUGGGCUAGAAUGGCGCCUGAACAUGUUCAUACGACUGCAGAUCUCGGAACCCUCUCAGAAACAGAAGCCCAAAGUCGGUUCAACGAUAUCGUAAAAGAAGGUAUAAAAGAUGGUGGACCCAUUUGGAAGUUCUUUUUCGCCAAAGUCAGUGCCGAACAGUGCUCGUCAACAAAGGCUGUUGUCUCUUCAAAAAACACUUCAUCCAGUAUGACAUCAUCAGGUGCUGCAUCUGCCGAUAUUACGUCAUCAGAUGUGAGAUCACGUGGCGUUGAGUGUGAGAGAUAUGCAUUUAGCAGUAGUAAGAAGCAAUGGGGUGUGGGAAAUGAUGGCUUCCAGCAGCAGCAGCAGCAGCACAGGUACAUAAUCUUCUUCGUCUUGUCGCAUGCACUAGUGGAUGGAAUCGGGAUGAUGACGAUUGUGAGAGACUUCUCCACUUUUGUGUGUCAGAUGCUAGAGCGGAAGAAGAUACACUUGUCAGACGUAACUUCGCAAGAAGAGGACGAGUCGGAGGCGUUGAAGAUGUGCCCCCCGUAUGAGCAAUUAGUUCCUAAUCUGCGCAUGUACAAGGUGGCCUGCUACCCUCUCUGUCUCAUGAGCGACAUCGGCAUCAGAAUACUCUUCAAGUUCAGAUGCGUGCCAACUGCCAGUCACAGUCUGUUCAACUCAACUCGACUGAAGCCACUGACGAGAGAGGGAUCUGGCGGGGGUGAGUGCCGUCUACGCACAGAGUGUAUCCGCUUCACCCCUGAGGAGUGGACCAACUUCCAGAAGUUCAGACGCCAGAAUGGACUCACUGUCACUGGACUGGGUCUGGCUCUGUUUGGAGUGGCUCUCAUGAAGUACGCCUACGAGGGACUCAACUGGCCCAGGACAUACCUGGGAGCCCAUGUGCUGCGUGACCCCCGCCUGUACUUCAAGAAGGGCCACUUGGACCCGGGGGCACUGGUGGGGAACUACAUUGCGGCGGGACUGCUGCUGGUGCUGCCGUUUGUGAGGAAGGAGAAGAAGAAGCCAGUCAGGAAGAUAGUGACAGACACUGCCACACUCAUCACACAACAGAUACGAGGCAACUUUAAGAACUUUGGAGCCUUCUUCAACGGGGAGCUGCAAUCGAGGAUCUCGAGGAACCGGAAGUUAGUGGAGAGAGCAGUAGACAUGUUCUCCAACGACAAGAGAUCCGAGGGCAGAUUCGCCAUGAUCCAGUUCUCAAAUGUGGGCGAGGUCAACUGUCUCGACCCGGAGUUGUGUGGGGACUACAGGGCAGUCCAGGUCGAAAAGUCCAUUGGUGUGGCAGACCAGUCCAAGUGUGGCGACUGUUUCUGCCUCAUCCUCGCCACAGUCCAGGGCAGUCUGUUCUGGAGCAUCGGAUACCCUGGACACCUCUACUCCGAGGAGACUGUGAGGGCAUUGGGCCAGGAACUGAAACAGCUCUGGACUGAGGUCAUCCAACCGGAUCCAGACUUGCCUCAGCAGAGCGACAAUUCCAGUGCAAGUGUCAAUAAUUUCACUGGCUCAUGAAAUAUAGCAAAAAUUUGUACAAGUUCGACUGGUGACGUCAAGAAAGGAUGUUCUGGAAUCUAGCUUCAAUGGAGCAACAUUUUGCUUCCAUCUUUGAACUGAAACGAGAUUUGUGUGGUAAAUUGUGGAUGUUUCUAUAAUUGUACACGAUGAGUUAAUGUAAAUAAAUCUGGACUUAUUUUGUCGUUUUUAAC